CAAAGUUCCUUGUGUUUAGUUUCAACUUUCAACUACUUUACAACUAUAGAACCAUAAAUUCUGUGAUUGUCAAAUUUGUUGCUCCUAAAUCUGCUCAAUUAUUAUUUACUUCCAAAUUUUGUAUUUUGUCUUGCCUGUACAGGUGAAAUUAUAUAAAGUUGUCUCCAACAGCUCAUACACUUAUAAUAUUGGUUGUGUCUAUGUCAGUUAAUUUACUUCUGAAUCUUAUUUGCAAGGCAGAUUGCUGGGACUUUCAAUCCAUUUGUUAGUUAUAAUUUAUAUGCACUCUGUUAAUGCCAUGGUUCUAUGUUUUAGCUUUCAGUUGGAUUCUAGGUAGAUUUAAAUGUGGAACUAAUUUGAUAAAUCUUGAGGGUAGUUUGUGAAACAGAAGUUUUAGUUAUAAUUUAAUAAUCUAUGUGUUGCAUCAGUGCAUCACUACAUUAAAAUAAUUAUACAGCCAAAACAAUGAUUAAGUGAUGCGGGAGAUGAAAGAGAAUUAUUAUUUAAUAUUAUUUAUGUUUGCAAGUCAAUUGUAUUUUUAUGUUUUAGGUCCUAGUAGUUUAUUGGGCUUUUAGUAUUUUAAUUUAGAAGUAAGGGUAUUUUUGUAAUAAGGCAAUUAGGGUUUCCUAGCCAAUUAGAACUAGGGUUUAGUAAUCCUUUAUAAGCAACCUAUUGUACUCCUUGAGGAGACAGUUGAUAUUUUGAUGAAUGAAAACAAUGGCCGUUUGGUCUUUCUUUGGUCUGGUGCUGACUCCUAGGUCAUAUCUUUUAUUUUUCCGUUAUUUCAAUUUUGUUCUAGUUGUCCUGCGUCAGUUUUGGUAUCAGAGCAAACACCGAUCUGUUGAAGCAUCACCACUGCAGGAAAGAGCUAGAAAAUAUCACCAAAAAAAAAAAAAAAAAAACCAGAUUUUGAAGCCAACCAGAAACCUCUAGUCCAGAACCCACAAUCAAGUUUCCAAAUCCCUUGCAACCACAAAGAGAGAAAAAAAACCACGUCAAGACCCAUCGGCAACCUCGACUCACCACCGUUGAGAUUGACCCACCAGCCGCCGAAACCCACAUACCAGCACUUAGCCGCCGCCGACCCAUCAGCCACCGCCGCCGAAAGCAUCUUCACCUUCAACUACCGCCGCUGAGGACGUUGACCACCACCGAUGCCAAGACCCAAGACAUCGCGCCGCCACUCCUCUACGAUUCAAGCCGCUGCUGUCUUCCCUGUCUUCGCGCCACCACAGCCGUCGAUCCCUAGCACCGCGUCCAUCACCAAGCCUCUUUUCAGUUUAGAGAAUGUUGUCUCUUUUCGUUCCUAUGGUUUCCUUUUUUUUUUAAAGUCUGUCCUGUAGUUUGCGUUCUUUUUAAGUCUAUUGUUUGCUUUCUUUAAGUCUGUAGUUCCUUAAGUCCAGCAGUGUAUUUUAUUAUUUUGCAAAAAAAAAAAAAAAAAAAAAAACCAAGCAGAGUCCAGGCCUGUGACAGACCAGUCCAAGCUCAGUUCCAGCACUACCUGUCCAGAGAACAUCACAGCAGCCCAGGUUCUUGUUCCAGCUCCAAACUAUUUUUUGACGCAUUAUUUUAGAGAAUCAUGGAAAUAUUAGAAGCACCUUAUUUUGAUGGUUAUGAAGCUUAUCCACGAGAUUUUAUCAACUGGAUGAAUGGGAUGGAGCAAUUCUUUGAGCGGGCAAAUUUUGCAGAUAACAUAAAGGUUAGGUAUGCCAAGUCGAAGUUAAUAGGUAAAGCACAGAGGUUUUGGGAGAAUCUUGAACGUUUCCGUUAUAUGGAUUAUGAACCUGCCAUUACUGUGUGGGAAGAUAUGAAAGAAAGGCUUUGUGAUGAGUACUUGUCACCAUACUAUCGAGCUAAGUAUCUACCCCGAUCUCAGUGUGGUACUUUUCAAGUUGAAGCAAAUGCGAUGACUCCUCAUCCUCAUCCCAUAUCAUGUCCUCAAUGCACUUUUGAACAAUCUACCAAGAAAUUAUCUACCAGGAAAGUAACGGAAUUAACUGUAAAGCUCAUGAAAGAGAUUCAAGACAGGACUGCUCAGAUGAAGCAAAUGAAGACUCAACCCGAUUCAAUUGGGAAACCAAAGAUAAUUGAUCAUAAUGAACUUAUUACUACCCCCAUAGAAGAGAACAUUGAUGGUGAUAUCUUGGUCGUGGAGAAUCCUCCAGCAACACCAAAGCCUAAUGUUGACAUAGACGUACAUGCUUCGACAAGUGUUGCUUUAACAAGCGUGCAAGGAAAUGAAUCUAUUGAAGAACAGCAAGGUGAAAAGAUGGCGCCUAAAGAGAGUAUUAUGUUAGAGGGUGCACAUGAUGUGAAAGUUGAAGUUGUUGAAUGUGCUUCUAAUCAACCCUCCACAGUCCUUGAAGAUCUACAUCUUGGUGAAGUCGAAGAGGUUGAAACCAAAGUGCUUCCUAUGACUCAUAAGGUUCAAGAAGAGAUUAUACUGAUUCCACACAUUGAUUUUGUUAUUCCAAAUGAGUUUGAUGCGGUGCAAUUCAAGGUUUUUCUUUUCCCUAUGCUCUCUAAGGUGAUUUCAAACUUGAAGCAAGUGUUGUUUGUCAGCAUCCUAAUCCUUCAAUGCUUUAAAACUCGAGGUCGAGUUUUCUCCAACCAGAGGAGAAUGAUGCGGGAGAUGAAAGAGAAUUAUUAUUUAAUAUUAUUUAUGUUUGCAAGUCAAUUGUAUUUUUAUGUUUUAGGUCCUAGUAGUUUAUUGGGCUUUUAGUAUUUUAAUUUAGAAGUAAGGUUAUUUUUGUAAUAAGGCAAUUAGGGUUUCCUAGCCAGCAAGGGUAUUUUUGUAAUAAGGCAAUUAGGGUUUCCUGCCAAUUAGAACUAGGGUUUAGUAAUCCUUUAUAAGCAACCUAUUGUACUCCUUGAGGAGACAGUUGAUAUUUUGAUGAAUGAAAACAAUGGCCGUUUGGUCUUUCUUUGGUCUGGUGCUGACUCUAGGUCUACCCUAGGUGCUGACUCCUAGUGGUUUCCCCGCUUGGUGUUGACUCCAAGCAAGGCCUAGGUGCUGACUCCUAGGUCAUAUCUUUUA